ACGCGCUGAGUGCGGAGCGACGAGACGCGCUGCAUACCAACAGAGACAUACGGGAGCAGGCUAAUUAAGCUCAAGUGGCGAGUUGCGACUGGUCAGGACGCACAGACCCCCAUCCUGUUCUCUGACAGUAAAAACACAUUUCUGUCAAGUCACUGGACAGUUUCAAUUUUACCUUUUUUUUCUCUUCCCAUGUAUUUCCUAAAAUAUUUUCCUUCGCAGCACUGUGAGCCAAACUAAGUGUCUGGGAUAUUUGUUUUUUUUCCUCUGCUCUGAUAUUUUUCUGGUUGGCAGAGUCUACACAGGAGAAGACAAACAGCUCUCUUCGGUUCUCUCUCCGACGCGGGUCAUCAGAAGGAAAAGUCAACUGGAUAAGACUGAUGUUUUCAUCCAGUCACAUGUAGAAGCGUUGGACUAUUGCUGUUGACAUCCAUCCUCUGGGUCUUUUUUCUAUAUAUAUAUACAGAUUCCCCGCAACGGCACCAUAAAGGAGGAAUACCAAGGCUGCAAAAACAAGCAGAAAAUCAAUCAGAACUCCAUCAUGGGCUGCCCCCUCUUGCGGAACGCGUUUGCUGGUUUGAUGCUGGUUCUGCUGUCGAAAGCGUCCAGCGUGCACGGAGGAGAAUUCGGACACCUGCCGGACAACAUUACAGUGUUGGAAGGAGAAAGCGUCACUUUGAGAUGUCGGAUCGACGAGGAGGUGACCCACAAGGCCUGGUUGAACCGCUCUAACAUCCUGUUCACGGGGACAGAUAAGUGGUCACUGGACAAGCGUGUGACGCUGGCCAACAGCAACAACAGUGACUUCUCCAUCCACAUCGACAAGGUGCAAGUAACCGAUGAGGGGCCCUACACUUGCACCUUCCAGGCCAAUAACAAGCCCCGCAUCGCUCACGUCUACCUCAUUGUUCAAGUGCCGGCCAGAAUCGUCAACAUCUCAAAAAACGUGUCGGUGAAUGAAGGAGAGAAUGUAAACCUCUACUGUCUGGCAGUGGGUCGGCCCGAGCCCACCGUCACCUGGAAAGACCAGAAAUAUGGGCUGGUUAGUGACGGGGAGUUCCUAGACAUCACAGAGAUCAAGAGGCAGCAGGCCGAGGACUAUGAAUGCAUCACCAACAAUGGAGUGGCUCCACCUGAUCAGCGCAAAGUCAAGGUCACGGUUAACUACCCACCCAUGAUCACAGAUGUGAAGAACAUGCCAGCCCAUUUGGGUAAGACGGCCAUCUUGCGCUGCGAAGCCAUGGCAGUGCCACCAGCCUCCUUCGAGUGGUACAGAGAUGACCACAGGCCGGUUGAGAGUGACAACACCCUGAGGAUCAAAAACGAGAAGACGCGCUCGCUGUUGCUGUUCACCAAUGUGACAGAGAAACACUUUGGCAACUACACCUGCUUUGCCUCAAACCGUCUGGGGGCUUCCAACGCCAGCAUGCUGCUCUUUCGACCGGGGGCCAUACAGGGCCGAGGGACUGGUUUACAUGCAGGGAUGAGCGUCGGCGUGUGUGUUUGGGUUUCCCUCACUGCUGUUCUUCUGCUGAAGGUGUAAAGAUCGAGAGCGCCACCUGGAAUUGUCCCUAAAUGUCCCUGAAAGCCCCCCUUACCCCUGCGCCCCCCAACCCCCCUCUCUACGGAAGGAAGAAGGAAAUGAAAUUCUUUAAUUACGAACCCAUCACUGUGAACAAAAAGAAUAUGCAUUAUUCCAGGAGCCAUUGAAUCAUUGCAUCAAACACACGACCGCAUUACCCCCCUCCCCAAUAACCCCUCACCCCCCUCAAAACUCCCUGCACCCUUAAUUCAAUUUCGAGGUCAAAACCAUUGUCAACAUCUCUUUCUUCUCCCUCUCUCUCUCUCUCACACUGUCUGUCUCUCUCUUAAUGUCUCCCAGAAUGCCUUGCAGAUUUGUCUGACUUGGUACCUCCCCCCUCACUUUGUUGUCCCCUCAUUAUUACCACCGAGCUGAUGUUGAUAGAGAGUGUAUAUUAACGAUUAUUGUGUCGGUGAUCAAUGAGAAAAAUAGAUAAUCUAACAACUGGACGAUCAUUUAUGUAAUAUACUACAUAGACUAAUGACUGACCUACAAUGUUUGCCUUAUGGGAAUGAUACAUAAAAUCUCAAUAUUAUGGUGGAUAUUUAUGGAAAUUAUAGUUAUAAUGUGGUACUGAUGGUCAUGUGACCUUUUGAAAAUUGUCCAACUGGUGGCCAUGUGUCACCCUCUGAUCACACAAACACACACCUACACACACACACACAAACAUGUAUGGCUUUUUGAUUUUAACUGUGUAGCAGUGAAGCUGCUAUGAAUGAUGUCAAAAUGUAUUAAAAAAAAAAAAAAGGGUGGGUGGUGACGGCGUCAGUCUUAACUACCCCUUUAUGUAAUUUGGGGGGUUUAUACCAAGGUUUCGCAUGUAGACCCCCUCACUACCCAAACCUUUUUCGCCCCCCCUUUCCCCGCCCCUCUGUUCAACGUGCUCUGUCUAGUCGCCCUUCGCAUCGCUAUAGUGUUCUCUGCUCCGUGUCACCCCCCUCUUCCCUCCGUCUUCCUCCCCCAGUGUAAAUAUAUGCAGUACAGAGGCCACGCCAGCGACUCCAGGUUGCCUGGCGCAGAACGACAUCUCCCAUCAGCCUCAACUUCGCUCCAGUUUUCUGAAGCAGCAAGAGACUGUCCAGUGACAACAAUAUCUUCUGUUUCAAAGCUGCAGCUCCAUCCUCUUUGUCGCUUGUUGAUAGCAUGUACCGGUUAGAGAUGUUCCUGUUGUGAGUCCAUACUCCCUUCACUCCCUCCCUCCCCUCCCCCACCCCCACCCUUACCCUACCCUCCCUGCACUGUGUCUGUUUUACUCUGCAAGGUUACCUGCUUUUACUUUUUUGGUGUUAAUAAUAGUACAGAUGAUGAUGAUGUUAAUAAGUAUUUGAAUAACUAUGAAUAGUAAUUCCAUGUGAGAAAAAAAAAUGAACAAAUCCUGAUGGUAAUGAGCCGUGCGUGGGAAAAAUGAUUUUUGUACUUUACUCUGAGAAGUCACACACAUUGAACAACUACAAUGAAAAAAACAAACAAACAACAAAAAAAAGACAUGUAAAGUUUUCGAAGUGAUGUGCUCUAUUUUGCCAUGACAAGCUUUUUAAAAACGCAUUUGAAACAGUCUGAGGGAUUAUUUCAUCCAAGUCCAGAGGCAGUGAAUGAUAAUGUAAUUUAUAAUUUGUAACAGUUUAUGUACUGGACUCUUUUUUGUCAUGCUGUUAACUGCAUCACACACACACACACACACACAUUUACAGCAUAUUUGUCCACUUAUCAUAGUGUGUGUCUCUCUCCGACCAGCUAGAUAAAUGAUUUGGAUCCAUGUCAGUCUCUGAUCGCAGCUGUAAGUCGGUUCUUGUUCGGCCAGACCGCAGGGAGAUAAAGAUGUAAUUAGCCGUUACCUGUGGCUGGCUAAGUGAAGGAGCCUGGGCUCCACCUGUCCCUCCUGCCAGCCAGUGAUGGCCCCCAUAAAUCAAGCUCAAUCCUGCCACUGACAGGAAUCCUCUUCAAGGACAACCUCGCCUUGGUGCAACAGUACUCCCUCCGAAGUGUACCUGUGACAUGCAGGCAUGGGCACUACAAAACCCCUGUGGCACAAUUAUCCAUCCACUACUCCCACACGGCACAAACAGUGGGAGGUAAGCCCAUAUUUCAAUAUGGUGGCACUCGUUCCUCCGUUAAAACACUGUUCCACUCACAUGCAGCGACUAUAUGCAAAUUUGCCAUAACGAGCCUGCACGGAGAGAUGAGUUUACCCCAGCUGAACCCUGACUACUGCGACCUUAAAGGGGAAUUACUCAGUACUGAAUCAAUUGUCUGAAUGUGUUUUUGUUUGAUUCUGUUUCAAACCAGCAAUAACCCCUAACUCUACUGUGCAAUAGGUAUCAGAUAUGGUUAAAGCUGUGGUGUAAUAUCUGAAAAAACUACAUUAACAAGGUAUAUCAAAUAAGUCUGUUGUUGUACUUUUACUGUGUACAGUACUCUGAAAUGAUUGUGAAGCUCUGUUUAAAUGGCCCUUAAUCUAAAACACUACAUGUUGUACUCAAAAAGUCUUGCCCUCUGCGAUGUAGUCGGGUUGUCUGUGUGACAGAACACACUGUUUGUGCAUGCAUCUUGUUGCUCCAAAAAUAAUGACGGAUUCCAUUUCAAGCACAAGAGCAGGUCGUUUGGUCAGUGCUUCUUUUUUUUCCUGUCUCAGUCUCUUUUUCCAUCCUCUCAGUAUCUCUGUCUUUCAUGCUGUUUUUAUUUUUCCUAUUUUGUUUCCCACUCAAAUACUGUACACUGUUCCAUGUCAAUGUCCCACUGGGUCUGUCAGUGGCAUAUAACAUCUGUAUGUACAUAAUCUGUCCUUGAUGAAGAAAAACAACAAAAAAUAGAAGAAAACAUAAAAAAAAAAAUCACAAAAAAAACACAGACAAAAAAUAACACGCUGUCAUGUUUCUCAAUGUGGGUUUGAAAAAAGCACGUCAAUGUCGUGUAUGGGUGGAUUUUGAAAAAAAAAAAAAAGAAACAUUGUAUGUUGUGUUCAGAUUUAUGGCUAAUGGGUCCAGAAGGACGGGAAUUUGGGCAAUAUGACUUGAAAUGGUGGAGUGGUGAUGAACAGAAUGUGGGUAUUUGUACAAACAAGCAGUAAAAGAACAUGUUUUCAUGA